AAAAUAACCGGCUGUGCAUUGUGCAAAGGCAGCAAGGAGCCACCGAGGUUACCCGGAGCUGGUGGGAUGGGGAGGACCAGGCUCGGUCGUGCUGCAGGAUCCCUGGAGAUCCCACAUGCUCAUGCAUGCAGGACUGCAAAGAAAGAAGCACUCCCAGUUCUCUUACAAUUUACAAAGGAAAAAAAACUGAAAAGGGAAGUGAUUCUUCCCAAGUCAGGGGGUAACUGAACAGCCAGGCUGGGCUUUUCCACCUCUCAGCCCACAGCUGCCGCCAGCUCAGCUCCAAACAACCAAAAAGCCCCAUUUAUUGACAAAUCUACCUGGAAAAAGCUGCAUUUCCCAUUCCCUUUAUACCAAUGGAUCCAAUUUUUUGUGCUGUGGCAUGAGAGCAAACAAACUCCUGACAACAAGCCCUUACAGGAACGAUGUCCAAGCGUGGGGGGCACAAUUCCCCUUUCUGGAGAUGCUCAGCCCCGAGCUGCCCCUUCUGCUCUCAGAAAUACCCUGCAAAUUAAAAUCCAGCCAUGCCCACACGGUAUGCGUUAACCAAAUAUUGUUACUAUGAAAUAAAAUCUCUCUGCAUUGUGUUCAACACAUUUCUCCUUGCUUUAACAGCUGUAUUGUGGAUUAGACUUUCCAGUUUUACCAUAUUGCAUCAAUUAUUACCAGUCUGAAAGAUAAUAAAUAAAACCAAAGCCCCGUGCAAAUCUGCAAGCCAUCUGCAAAGUACAUUUUAAUUUGAAAGAUUCGUGCAAUCUCAAUUAGCAUAAAUAUGCAAAUCGGCUUUGCUUCCUGUCAUACUUUCCAGGUUCGCUGCUGCUCAGCACUGCAAAUUUAAGCUCCGGCUCUGUAAUUAGGGGCUCGGCUGAUCGGUUUGAUGGAGCCUUCUCUGACGCUCUGGGCGAUGUGGAUUCCCCAGUAGGGGCGAAGGGCAGAAAUCCCAACCAGCCUGAAGGAAACGCACCCGGCGCCAGGAAAACUGCAGACAAAAUGGUUAGCGGAAUGGAGCAGAACAUCAUGAAGCACCACGAGACCCCACAUCUCUGAAGCGCCUAUCCAGCAGGGAGGACCCUCCGGAAGCCACACGGGGAAAAAAAAAAAAAAAAUAAAAUAAUGAGGCUUUUCCGGAGACGCUACAGCCCCUUGAAGGUGGCUUUGGCAGGUGCCAUCUUCGUCAUCUUCCUCUUCAUCCUGCAGAGGGACGUGGGGAACAAGGACCCGAGUGAGGAGCCCUGGCUGAAGAACAUCGUCCAGGGGAAGGACCAGGUCCUUGACCUGAUGCUUGGGGCGGUCAACAACAUCCGCGACUCGAUGCCGAAGCUGCAGAUCGGGGCUCCGGAGCGGCAGGAGGAACUGCUGCCCAGCGCUCGCGCCUGCUGCCCCGGCGUCUACACAGCGGCAGAGCUGCGGCCGCUGAUGGAGAGACCCCCCCAAGACCCCGCCAGCCCCGGCGCCGACGGCAAAGCCUUCAAGAAGGAUCAGUGGACACCGGAGGAGACAAAGGAGAAGGAGCGAGGUUACGAGAAGCAUUGCUUCAACGCCUUCGCCAGCGACCGCAUCUCCCUCCAGCGAGCGCUGGGACCCGACAGCCGCCCCCCGGAGUGCAUCGACCAGAAAUUCAAGCGGUGCCCCCCCCUGCCCACCACCAGCGUCGUCAUCGUCUUCCAUAACGAAGCUUGGUCAACGCUGCUGCGGACGGUGUACAGCGUCCUGCACACCUCGCCGGCCCUCCUGCUCAGGGAGGUCAUCCUGGUGGAUGAUGCCAGCACGGAUGACUACCUGAAGGACGAGCUGGAUCGCUACGUGCAGCAGCUCCAGAUCGUGCGAGUCGUGCGGCAGGAGGAGCGCAAAGGACUGAUCACGGCGCGGCUGCUGGGGGCCAGCGUGGCCAGUGGGGAGGUCCUGACCUUCCUGGAUGCCCACUGCGAGUGUUUCCACGGCUGGCUGGAGCCCCUCUUAUCCCGCAUCGCUGAAGAGCCCACGGCCGUGGUGAGCCCCGACAUCGCCACCAUCGAUCUCAACACCUUCGAGUUCUCCAAGCCGGUCCAGAAUGGGAAACAGCACAGCCGGGGCAACUUCGACUGGAGCCUGACGUUCGGCUGGGAGGUUGUCCCACCCCGGGAGAGGCAGCGGAGGAAGGAUGAGACCUUUCCCAUCAAGUCCCCACCUUUUGCCGGUGGCCUCUUCGCCAUCUCCAGGUCCUACUUCGAGCACAUCGGCUCCUACGAUGACCAGAUGGAGAUCUGGGGGGGCGAGAACGUGGAAAUGUCCUUCAGGGUCUGGCAGUGCGGGGGGCAAGUCGAGAUCAUCCCUUGCUCCGUGGUGGGGCACGUCUUUCGCUCCAAGAGCCCCCACACCUUCCCCAAGGGCACGCAGGUCAUCUCCAGGAACCAGGUCCGCCUGGCUGAGGUCUGGAUGGACGACUACAAGGAGAUCUUCUACAGGAGAAACCAGCAAGCCGCGCAGAUGGCCCGAGAGAAGACGUAUGGUGACAUUACAGACCGGCGCAAGCUGAGGGAGCGGCUCCACUGCAAGAACUUCACCUGGUACCUCCAAACCAUCUACCCGGAGAUGUUCGUCCCUGACCUGACCCCAACGUUUUACGGAGCAAUAAAAAAUGAGGGCACCAAAAGCUGCUUGGACGUCGGCGAGAACAACCACGGUGGGAAACCGCUCAUCAUGUACCCCUGCCAUGGGCUGGGGGGCAACCAGUAUUUUGAAUACACGAGCCAGCGGGAGCUGCGGCACAACAUCGGGAAGGAGCUGUGCCUGCGGGUGGGCUCGGGCUCGGCCGAGCUGGGCGACUGCCAGUACAGAGGGAAGCCCGGCCGGGUGCCAGCCAGCGAGGAGUGGGACCUGGCACAGGACCCGGCUGAUUAAAAACCCGCCUCCGGCACGUGCUUGACGGCACGAGGGAAGCACCCGGCGAUGGUCCCCUGCGACUUGGGAGACCCCCACCAGCUCUGGUCCUUCACCUAGGCAGGGAGCAGAGCGGCCCGUGCCCCUGGCUGGCCCCAACCACGCUCAGGAAGCCAGAAUCCAAAAAAAACCUUCUUUUUUUUUAUUUAAGAAGCAAAAGCCUUAAAUAUGCUGCAUUUCACGGUUGCCUUGAACUCAGUCCCCGUGCCUUUGGAGCCAGGGAGCUGAUCUUGGCCGGUGGUACACCACGGAGCCCGAGCCACGGCAGCCAUCCGGGAUGCCCGAGGAUGCUCGGCAGCCGUUCGGGAUGCCCGAGGAUGCUCCUCGGUACCCAGCUCCUGCUCAUCCUUCCUUUCCCCAGCUCUGGCCAGAGACUCUUAAAUUCAUAUCGGGCAUUUAAAAACGCACCCGUGCCACCCCGCGUGUGGAAGCCAGGUGGGAAACUCCUGCCCGUGAGGAGGAGGAUGGUGACUGGCCCUGUGGCUCAGCCCAUAGAAGGGUGGACUGUGGUUUGUGGUGGCCCCGUGCAGCCGAAGGACCCCCCCCUCCCCAGUACCACCGGAGGCUGCAGGAUCCGACCUUCACCCCCCCAUGGCACUGCAGGCGUCGGGACCACUGCUGGCAGGGAGGGGAGGAGCUGGGCUGUCUGCCUUGGGUAUCAGGCUUGAUUUGGGGUGGGGGAGUUAGAUUAUUUUUUAUUAUUAUUAUACGAUGAUGAUUCCUGGGUGCGAUUCUGCUUGCCCUCACGCUGACCCGGAGGAGGGUUUUCCCCCCCCGACAGCACAGCUCGAGCGCACCGUGGCAUCCUCCCGGAGCGGCUCUUGCCAGCGCCGGGGGGGGCCAGAGCUCCUCUCCCCCUGGUUUUCCUCAAGCCCAACAACUGUAGCUGCCACUGUCGUGGCCGUUUCAUUUCUCGUGGAGGGGGAAAAAAAACCUCCUGGAAGUGGCAUGUGGGUGGGAGAACCUGUCUGUGGAUACACGACCUCAAAUAAAGAGAUGAUUUAUUUUACAGA